CUCCAACUCGAGGUCCCGUGUGGUUCAGACAUUCUUACAGUUUUUGUUGUUUGUUUUUGGCACGCACACUAAGCAAGCAACCAUGGACACCAUCAAGAAGAAGAUGCAGCUGCUGAAGCUUGCAGAGGAAAACGCUUUGGACAGAGCUGAGCAGGCCGAAUCAGACAAGAAAGCAGCUGAGGACAGAAACAAACAGCUUGAAGAUAUCCUGAUGAUGCUGCAGAAGAAACUGAAGGUCACCUGGGAUGAGUUGGACAAGUACUCUGAAGCCUUGAAGGAUGCUCAUGAGGAACUAGGAUUAACUGAGAAGAAAGCCACAGAGGGAGAGACGUGGGAGUUGCCGCUGGUUGUGCGCUGCUCGGCACGGAUGGUGCCAGGUGGCUGUUGGACGCUCUGGUGUGGUGUUCAUUCCUCGGCUUGUGCUGUAUUGGCUGGGACCAAUGCAGUGUUACAGGUUCAUGAUCGAAAGGAGUGA